AUGGCUACUACCAUUGACGAGAUCAGCUACAAGAUCACCGACGACGUCGCCACCACCGUCGUCCCUGCUGACCAGAUUGACAAGACUUUUCGCUCGACAUGCAUUGACCUCAUCUCGGCCACCUUGGGCGGCAAGGUCCUUGCCUUCUCCGACCAGUGGUUCGCCGAAGCCUCCAACCUGCUGACCCCGACCGCGCCCGUCUCGCAGCCCGGCAAGAUGGUCUUCACCGGCGCCUGGUACGACGGCUGGGAGACACGCCGCCACAACCCGGAGCCCUUUGACUGGGUCGUCAUCCGCCUCGGCGUCGCCUCCGGCACCGUCUCGGGCGUCGAGGUCGACACGGCCUUCUUCACCGGCAACUACGCGCCCUUCGUCUCCGUCGAGGGCUGCUUCAGCGACAACGACGACGAGGUCGUCUCCUGGCAGGGCACGCGCGGCGGCUGGCAGACGAUCCUCGGCAUCCGCGAGUGCGGCCCCUCGGCGCGCUUCGGAUGGAAGCUCGACGCGCCGACGACUGAGCGGUACACGCACGUGCGCAUCAACAUGUACGCGGACGGCGGCAUCGCGCGCUUCCGCCUGUUCGGCCACGCGGUGCCCGUGUUCCCGGCCGACCCGCAGGCCGUGCUGGACCUCGCGGCCGCGCAGAACGGCGGCGUCGCCGUGGCCUGCUCCGACCAGCACUUCGGCACCAAGGACAACCUGCUGCUGCCGGGCCGCGGCAAGGACAUGGGCGACGGGUGGGAGACGGCGCGCUCGCGAGGGCGCGACCACGUCGACUGGACGAUAGUCAAGCUGGGCGCGCCGGGCCGCGUCGACAAGUUCGUGGUGGACACGGCGCACUUCCGCGGCAACUUCCCGCAAAAGGUCCGCCUGGAGGCGAUGCACAGCGCGAGCGCGAGCCCGGCGGCGGACGACGCGGGGUGGAAGGAGGUGGUGGCGCCGAGCAAGACGAGCGCGGACUUGGAGCACGAGUUUGCCUGUGCUGACACGAACAGCGUAUUCACUCACAUCAAGCUCGUCAUGAUCCCCGACGGCGGCGUCAAGCGCGUGCGCGCGUUUGGCCGCAGAGCCAUCUAG